AUGUCUUAUUCUACUACCUCGCGAGACUCCAACAAACCUACCCGUCUAUACCAGCCGUCCGAGCCCGAAGCCGGCACAUCGCGCGCAGCCCAUCCAUACUACGUCCCCCGUUCCCAGGCGCCCAUCAACCCCAGCACCAUCCCGCCCUCCCCCUCCUUCUCCCUCUCGCCAGAGAUGUCAUCCACAGCCGCCCACUCGUCCUAUUCAUCCUCUUUCUACUCGUCUCGCCAGAGUUUUGCCGAGUCGUCUCAACCUCAGUACGGAUUCAGCUCGUCAGCCAUUUUACCGCCCGACCUCGCACGCGUAGCCCCACCCCCAUCUACACUCGUAUCAAAAGGUAGCUAUGUGACCAUCCACCGCUGGGGACCAUCCCGCGGGACACCAGGCUCGUUUGUAAGCGUGACGUGCGAUGUCGACGUCCAAAACCCACCACUGAACGCCGGUCAUCCCGCGACUCCGCCUCCUUCUGCAGGCGGCCGGGGUACAAGAACCCUUCGGUUACUAUUUGGCAACCAUCCAGUACAGACGAGUGCACAGGUGAUGCAGCCGGAAGGGUAUAGGGCGUCUUGUAUGCUCGAAGCGACGGUGCCGAGUUUGGCAGCGAUGGGGCGGUCGCCAGAGGGGACAGGCGCGCAGGCUGUACCAGUGACAAUCCAGGUAUUGAGUGAUGAUGCGCAGGUGUUGGAGACGGUGCCGUUAGGCCAGUUUACAUAUGCUUCAGAUUCAAACCUCGCGCGGAAACGGAGCGGUGAACCGCUAGAAUCAACUCGACGUUCGCCGACGGAAUCGCCUUUUCAACGCCGCCCAUCGGGUUACAUCUCUUCCCCUGAAAUGAAGCAGUACGAUCCGUUAACAUCAUGGAGCGGUGCGAGUAAAUCGCACAACAGACGUACCUCGACAUCUACCAUGGGUUCGAGCUCACAUUCGAAUAGACCAUCAAGCUCAUCCUCUUCCAUGUCCCAACCAAGCUUUAUGCGUGCUACGCAGGUGAUUGGAGGCGCGCCGUUAAAUGCGGCAAACACGCCUUACGUCAGUACGGGACAAAAGGCCAUUCUGAAUCUGACGGGUGAUCUGACGGGUGUGGCCAAGGGAUGGAAUAGCGAAGAAUGGUCAGCACGUCGGCGACUGGUACAAUUCUGGCGCCGACAAGAAGGAACCACCAUCCACGCCCAGUUCCAGGUCGUAGCCCAGGCAGAAUGGGCAUCCAUCCAAUCUUCAAUCGUCGUCUCUUGCAUGUUCUGGGAAGAAAAAAAUGCCUGCUUCAUAUCGUCUGUCGAUAUCAUCUAUCUCCUCGAAGCGCUUGUCGGGACGCAUUUCACGGUAGAAGAAAAAAAUCGGAUCAGGCGUAAUCUCGAAGGCUUCAAACCCAUCACCGUCGACAAGAGCAAGCCUGAUACCGCCAAGUUUUUCAAGCAAAUAAUGAACUUGCCUAAUCCGAGACCGCGCAAUAUCGAAAAGAAUGUCAAGGUGUAUGCGUGGGAUUGCCUGGAAGUGGCGUUGCAGAAGAUUAUCUCAAAAUACUCGGCCAGUUUUCCCGCAAACCAAGUGGAAGGCAUGACGUCUAGUGGCGCACCGUACCGAGUCCCACAACCAUCCGACCCGGCUUCACCCCUGAUGAAGGUGUAUGACCCCCUAUCGACAUCGUCCCAAUACUCCGUGCCGCCCAGCUCGCACCCUGGUGCAGAGUCGCUAUACAGCGGUCAGGCAAGCUACUCACAAUUACCAAGCUCCAGGCCGCAAAGCAGCUCUUCCUCCACCACCCAGCUGCUGUCCAACGGUGACCUCUCCCGGCCCAGUACCGCAGGCGACCCCAUGGGCGCUCCAGGCCAGAGUCCCGGGCCGAGCAGCAGUCGACCGGGUAACAGCGGUGUCGGGUUAUACUUUGACAUGCCUCAAGGGUAUUCCCAGAAACAGAACGGGCAAUAUCACAUGGGCAGUCUUUCAGGCAAUAUGGACGUUCCGCCCAGUACACCCAUGUCCAGUGCGCAGAUGGGAGGCAUGUACGCCAUGCCUCCACCGCAUAGUCAGCCUCCUUAUACUGCUGCUCCGCAACAUCAGUACCCUGCGCCUACACUCUCGCAGACGCAGCAUAUGGAGGGGUAUCCUCGACAAGGCGAUAUGGGUAUGUUUUAUCCGUCUUUCGGAUCAGAUGGGCAGGAGAUUCCUCCGCCAUCGUCCUAUGGGUACUUGAACAGGGAUGGGCGAUUGGACAAGUGA